AUGCCUCCGAGUCCAGAUGCCAGUAGUUAUACCCAUGGCGACGAGAUGCCAUUAUGCAAACGGGUGCCUCCGGGGUAUUUUGGUGGUGUUCAAAUUUCUGCCCUUAAGCGCCAAGAGUUAAACCAAAUUGUACAACGACGAUUAAAGACUCUACUAGCAGACGAUAAGAGCCACACAGACCAACAACAAGAAGCAAAGUGGAAGAUAUUUCGUUGCGCAGGAGAUUUGAAAGUAUAUCAGCGACGUCUUCGCGGGAGAUGGAGACAUGAAGCGGCAGCUGAAGAAGAGAUACCCGAAGCAGCCUUAGCAGUGGAACGAGGCUUUCCGAGUAUGAGGGUAGAGGGGACUGUGCAGGGUAGUGUUGAAAACAUACUCUAUGGAUUUAGUGCUAAUACUCAAGCGGAUUUGUUGACGGGGUUGUCAUUUACAUCUCCCUUGGUUGAUGCGGCCUUAUUAAAUGUCGUGGAGAAAUCGACAGAGGAAGAUCCGUUACGCUCGGCAGAGGUGAUUUGGCUGCUGACUAAGCUUCCUAUCUUACAUGCACGAGAUUUUUGCUACCUUAAAGCAACGGGUUCGGGGAUUGAUCGAAAGGGGAGACGGUAUGGUUACAUGGUCCUCCAUUCUGUAAAUCUUCCUGAAUGUCCACCAUUUGACUAUAGCCAAACGAAAACACUUCGUGCCAAGAUGUUCUGCUCGUAUUUGUUUCGAGAGACAUCACCAGGGUAUGUGGAUAUAAUGGGACGUGGCGUCUUUGAUUUGGAUGGUGGGGAACUCCUUAAGCUCUUACUGCCACACGCUUUUAACGCCGUGGUGAAUUCGCUAUUACAAAGUGGCGUAUGCGGUGAAGCCAAGAAAUUUACGUUGCUGGCACUAAGGAAUGCCGAGGACCGUAACAAAGUCGAGCCUUUGACAAAGAAUAGCGUUUGUUCGAUGUGUAUCCGACGGAACCAACGCAUGGUACCUGGUGCUCGUUUACGUCCGUGUGAUGGAUGUGGCGUCCCUGUUUGUAAGAGAUGCAAGAUUAAAGACAAGCGUAUUCUCUUGGGCACAACACGUCCGAGUCGUAGCGCUGUGUGCUGUAUGACAUGUGUUUAUCAGCUUAAAAACAUCACAGGCGUCCGUCUUGGUGCACCCGAGUUUCUUGUCGAGGCAGAAUACUAUUCGUACCACAUGUGCUCUGAGCACUCUGUAGUAGCUGCAAUUCCAUCCUUACCUUCGUCAGAAUCUUCUGGUUCUAUGGCACAUGAUCGCGAUUCUGAUACGCUUAUUUCGACAACAACAGAUUCUGAGAAACUUGUUCCAUCAGUGGCGAUGACAAACUCUACCCUCGGCGAUAGUUGUGCUAGUUUUGACUUGGGAGUGAGUUUCUCAGACACGCCAAAUGACGGACUCUUUGGAUAUAAAGACGACGAAGAUCUUGACGAGCUUCUUAAGACUUCAGAUUUUUGUGACAUGAGAGAAGAAUUAGAAGCGAGUGUUUCGAGUGACGAUAGCAAUGCUGGUACUUGGACUGACAAUGAUCAUGAAAAUAUCGGCGACUUUGUCGUUACGAGCGAGACAUAUUCCAAACCGAGACCUGUUUCAUUGUUGGAAUGGAUGAAAGAGUUACAAUCAUCUGCUGAUGUAGCAUACAGUACAGCAAAAGCCAAUGAGGAGCUCAUGAAGAAAUCCAUGCGGUAA